AUGGACAAACUUAAACUCAAGCCAAACUCUACCGGCGCUCCUGGAGCUGGAAGUGGCACCCCUGAUCAGAAUCCCAAAUCCAGAACUGAGGCAGGUGGCGGUAGUGGUACUCCUCCCGCCGGUCCAGGGAAAACUUCUAAACCUAAUAAUGGAAUGACACGACGAGCAGAACCCGCCAGUAAAUCGGCAGAAGAAAAUAAGGCCAGCUUUAUGGAGAAGCUCAAAGCGGAGUCAAGUGCUAGCGGUCGUCCCGCCGGCACUCCGACGGCAGAGCUCACCAAACAAGCAGAUGCCCCGGGUGGAGGAUCAGACAACAAGAAAGCCGCCUUCCUCGAGAAACUCAAAGCAAAGAAAGCCAGCGGCGGCGGUCUUUCUAAAGGUGGAGAUGGUGGUGCAGGUGCGAUGGGAGCCAAGUCUCCGAUGUCCAAAAGAGCGGAUUCCCCUAGUGGAGCUCCAGAGGAGAAGAAAGGCGGCGGCUUACUCGAUAAACUCAAAUCCAAGCUGAGCGCUGCCGACCAUUCCUUCAUAUAUAACUUAUAA